AUGGAUGGAUAUGGAUAUGGGUAUGGAUAUGGGUAUGGAUAUGGGUAUGGAUAUGGGUAUGGAUAUGGAUAUGGAUAUGGGUAUGGGUAUGGAUAUGGAUAUGGGUAUGGAUAUGGAUAUGGGUAUGGGUAUGGAUAUGGAUAUGGGUAUGGAUAUGGGUAUGGGUAUGGAUAUGGAUAUGGGUAUGGAUAUGGAUAUGGAUAUGGGUAUGGAUAUGGGUAUGGAUAUGGGGUGGUGACCAGCCUGAGCCACGGGCCCUGGGACACAGCCCGGGACAAGCACAGGGAUUUUAGCCAGCGGAGGCUGGGGAAGCAGCGGGGUCUGAGCCCGGGGGUGCCGCAGAACCGGGCAGAGAGGGAGGGGGGGGACAGCGUGGGGACAGCGGGGACAGGUCCGCACCACAGCGCGCAACAGCGGAUCCUGGGACAGAGCGGGACCGGGACAGAGCAUCCCGGCACAGAGCAUCCCGGGCCAGAGAGGGACAGGGACAGAGCGCGACUGGGCCGCGCAUCCCGGGACAGAGCAUCCCGGGACAGAGCGGGACCGCGCAACAGCGCGCAUCCCGGGACAGAGAAUCCUGGGUCAGAGAAUCCUUGGACAGAGCAUCCCGGGACAGAGCGGGACCGCGCCGCGCAUCCCGGGACAAAAAGGAAGCGCGGCAGCCACGCGGCGCAUCCCGGGAUAGAGCGGGGUGCUCCGCACAACCCGGCUCCGUGCGAGCCGCACCGCUCGGCGCAUCCCGGAGCGGCGCGGCUCCCAGCGCUCCGCGCAUCCCAGGAGAGAGCCCAGCCAGACCCCCCAUCCCAGCUCCACGCGGCUCCCAGCGCUCCGCGCAUCCCGCCUUGGCAGGGCGCUCGGCCGUGCGCGCCCGGCGGCGGAGCCGCGGGGCCACGGGGGGCGGCGGCGGCGGAGGAGGAGGAGGAGGAGGCGGAGGAAGGCGCGCAGCAGCAGCAGCAGCAGUCACGCAGCUUUGACGUCGCCGGGCUGCGGCUGCCGGCCCCGCACGAGGAGGAGGAGGAGGACCAGGACCGGCGCGGUGCCCGCCGCCUGCCCCCGCCGCCCUGCCUGCGCGGGCGUGCGCGGCUCGGCCGCAGCGGAGCGCGGGGCUCCGGCGGGCGCUGCGCUGCCCCCCCCCCCCCGCCCCGCCGGGCUGGAUAUGUGGAUGCUCACGUGAAGAUGGAUGUAGCGAUCGGGCUGCUGGGGCUGCUGACGGUUCUGCUGGAGGGCAGCUCCGGACAAGGGGUGUACGCCCCCCCCACGGUGCGGAUCGUGCACUCGGGCCUGGCCUGCAACAUCGAGGAGGAGCGCUACUCCGAGAGGGUCUACACCAUCCGUGAGGGAGAGACCCUGGAGCUCACCUGCCUGGUCACAGGCCACCCCCGGCCACAGAUCAGGUGGACCAAAACAGCAGGAAGUGCCUCUGACAGAUUCCAAGAUUCCAGUGUCUUCAACGAAACCCUGAGGAUUUCCAACAUCCAGAGACACCAGGGAGGUCGCUACUACUGCAAGGCUGAGAACGGCCUGGGCUCCCCGGCCAUCAAAUCCAUCCGAGUGGACGUGUACUAUUUGGAUGAUCCCAUAGUCACAGUCCACCAGAGCAUCGGGGAAGCCAAGGAGCAGUUUUAUUAUGAGAAGACCGUGUUCCUCAGGUGCGUGGCCAACUCCAACCCUCCCGUGCGCUACAGCUGGCGCCGCGGCCAGGAGGUGCUGCUGCAGGGCUCCGACAAGGGAGUGGAGAUCUACGAGCCCUUCUUUACCCAGGGAGAAACAAAGAUCCUGAAGCUGAAGAACCUGCGACCUCAGGACUACGCCAAUUACAGCUGCAUCGCCUCGGUGCGGAAUGUCUGCAGCAUCCCGGAUAAAAUGGUGUCCUUCCGCCUCUCCAACAAAACAGCAUCCCCUUCCAUCAAGCUCCUCGUGGACGACCCCAUCGUGGUGAACCCUGGAGAAGCCAUCACCUUGGUGUGUGUGACCACCGGGGGGGAGCCGGCACCCAGCCUGACGUGGGUGAGGUCUGCGGGGGUCCUGCCCGACAAGACUGUCCUCAACGGGGGCACUUUGACCAUUCCCGCCAUCGUCUCCGACGACUCCGGCACCUACAGCUGCAUCGCCAACAACAACGUCGGCAAUCCCGCCAAAAAGUCCACCAACAUCAUCGUAAGAGCCUUAAAAAAAGGACGCUUUUGGAUCACCCCUGACCCGUACCACAAAGAUGACAACAUCCAGAUCGGGCGGGAGGUGAAGAUCUCGUGCCAGGUGGAAGCCAUCCCCUCGGAGGAGCUCACCUUCAGCUGGUUCAAGAACGGGCGGCCCCUGCGCAGCUCGGAGAGGAUGGUGAUCACCCAGACCGACCCCGACGUGUCCCCCGGCACCACCAACCUGGACAUCAUCGACCUCAAGUUCACGGAUUUCGGGACCUACACGUGCGUGGCGUCCCUCAAGGGAGGUGGCAUCUCGGAUAUCAGCAUCGAUGUCAACAUCUCCAGCAGCACGGUGCCCCCCAACCUGACGGUCCCUCAGGAGAAAUCCCCGCUGGUGACACGGGAAGGGGACACCAUCGAGCUGCAGUGCCAGGUGACUGGCAAGCCCAAACCCAUCAUCCUGUGGUCACGGGCUGACAAGGAGGUGGCGAUGCCGGACGGGGCCCUGCAGACCGAGAGCUACGACGGGAUCCUGCGCAUCGUCAACGUUUCCCGGGAAAUGACCGGGACCUACCGCUGCCAGACCAGCCAGUACAAUGGAUUUAAUGUCAAACCCAGAGAGGCCUUGGUGCAGCUCAUUGUGCAGUACCCCCCGGCGGUGGAGCCGGCGUUCCUGGAGCUGCGGCAGGGCCAGGGCCGCGGUGUCACCAUGAGCUGCCGCGUGCUCCGGGCUUAUCCCACGCGGGUUCUGAGCUACGAGUGGCGCCUGGGCGGGCGCGUGCUGCGCACGGGGCAGUUCGACCUGCAGGACUCCACGGAAUACACCGUGAGCAGCCUCUCCCGCGACUCCUACGGCAUCUACAACUGCAACAUCAUCAACGAGGCGGGCGCCGGCCGCUGCAGCUUCCUCGUCACAGGAAAAGCCUACGCCCCGGAGUUCUACUACGACACGUACAACCCGCUGUGGCAGAACCGCCCGCGCGUCUAUUCCUACAGCCUGCAGUGGACGCAGAUGAAUCCCGGCGCCGUGGAUCGCAUCCUGGCCUAUCGCCUCGGGAUCCGCCAGGCAGGCCAGCAGCGCUGGUGGGAGCAGGAGAUCACGGUGAACGGGAACAUCCAGAAGGGAGAACUGAUCACCUACAACCUGACGGAGCUCAUCAAGCCCGAGGCCUACGAGGUGCGCCUGACGCCCAUCACGCGAUUCGGGGAGGGCGACUCCACCAUCCGAGUCAUCAAAUACAGUGCUCCGGUGAAUCCACAUCUCCGAGAGUUCCACUGUGGCUUUGAGGAUGGGAACAUUUGUCUUUUCACUCAAGACGACACCGACAACUUUGACUGGACAAAACAAAGCACUGCCACGAGGGACACGAAAUACACGCCCAACACGGGGCCCAACGCCGACCGCACCGGCUCCAAGGAGGGUUUUUACAUGUACAUCGAGACGUCCCGGCCCAGGCUGGAGGGGGAGAAGGCCAGACUCGUCAGUCCCGUUUUCAGCGUCGCUCCCAAAAAUCCCUACGGAGCCAGCAACACGGCCUAUUGCUUCAGCUUCUACUAUCACAUGUAUGGACAGCACAUAGGAAGUCUGAACGUUUACCUGAGGCUCAAAGGUCAGACUGCCAUAGAAAACCCCUUGUGGUCCUCCAGUGGGAAUAAGGGUCAGCACUGGAACCAAGCCCGGGUGAACAUCAACCCACCCACCUCAUUCCAGCUCAUUUUUGAAGGGAUCCGUGGCCCUGGAAUCGAAGGGGACAUUGCUAUUGACGACGUGUCCAUCGUGGAAGGGGAGUGUAUGAAAUCAGACCAACCGGCCAAUAAUCUACGAUCAGGUGCUGUUGGGCCAUUAGCACAUAUACCACUUCUCCCACUCCUCAUCCUCAUGUCUGUCUUAAGUCAUCAGAGGUGACCUUAUCCUGGCAGAGGCUACAAAAGAAUCACCAGGCACUGGCAUGAAGAAAGAGUCUUUGUAAAAUGGACAUUUCCAAACAAGCUACCAAAGAUUCCUCCAUUGACUGACUCGAAAGUUAAAUAAAUACGUAAAUAAAUAAUAAGUAAUUAAAAAAAAUAAUAAAAAAAAACAUAUUAAGAAAGCACUGGGGACUUGAAAAGGCAUCAUGGGAGUGGAACUCACGAAGAACCAAGCUUGAGACCGAGAUCUGGCCUAAGUAAGGAAGAGACCUUCAGGUGCUUUUGUGGUCGCUGAUGAAUUCAGCAUCAUCUGGUUGAACUCUCGGCUAAGAGCUCUAGAAACCCUUGUCAAAGCACAAAGUCAUGGCUGGUUUUGUUUCAAAUGAAUCGUUUGCUUGUUACCAUGGAAACCGAAUGGCCUGCCCAAAAAAAAAAAAAAAAAAGAGGAAGGCAAGAAAGACAGAGAGAGAGAGAGGAAAUACAAACAGAGAGAGAGAGAGAAACACCUCACUGUAAACAGGGUACGUGGAGAGCUGGCGUUCAUUUUCCCUUCCCGAAGGUUUUUAGCGUAGAGUUAAACAAAUGUCACCUUCCCUCGAGGAUAAGCCGGAACAGGAGCUGUUCGCAGACAUCCCCGUUUCAUUCCUCACGGCUCUGCUUGGUGACUGUGUGCUGUCUCCUCUUGCAUGCAUUCCCAUCCAGGAUGUGCCACCUGGGCUUACAUUUGUCACAGGCUUCACUGGGAGUUUGCUCGAGGCCGUUGGAAGAUCCCUCUCCCCUCCCCACCGGAGUCAUCAGCUCUACGGAAGUGAAGAAACCAAACCACCGUCUUUUAUAAAUUGCCAUGGAAACCAAGUGCCUUCAAUGAAACAAGCCUGAUUUCAAAAAAACAAAAAACAAAAAAAAAAGAACAGAAUAUAUAUAUAUACAUAUAUAUAUAUAUAAAUAAAAAAAUAUAAUAACGAUGAUUUCAACACGGAAGCUUUGCACCGCUAAGAACGGGGGUUGUGCAAACUCUUUUCUAAACAAACUCUGGAGCCUGGGUGUGCAGGCAAGGAGACAGAGCCGCUUCUGGAGAAGGAUGGAUGGACCUAAGCUGCUGUGGAAAGCCUUUGGGAUGAGAUCCAUGUUGUGUAACCUUCCAGACAGCCAUGGCCUUUCAGCUUCUUACCCAUUCAAAACAGCUCCCGUCGGUGCUGCCGAUGGGCGCAGCACUUCUUGUUGUCGUCAUUGUCGUUUCAGGUUCUCCAGUGGG